AUGACCGUCAUCAAGAUCGAGGCCGUCACGGACCUGCUCUGUCCGUGGUGCUACGUUGGCAAAAAGAACCUCGAACGCGCCAUCGCGCAGUACCGCGCCAUCGACCCCUCGGCCGAGUUCGAGGUCGUCUGGAAGCCCUUCUACCUGAGCCCGGCCUUGAAGAGCACCGGCUACGACAAGCGCACCAUCUAUAAAACCUACCUCACCGCGUUGUCAGGCGACUUCGCCACACAGUUGACCAGGGUAACCUCCGCCUUCGCCGACGCUGGCAUAUCCCUCAACAUCGCCGGCUCUAUGGGGAACUCGCGCCAAGCCCACAAGCUCCUCGCCCUCGCCCUGCGCCGGAACGGCCCGGCCGCCCAGAACCGCUUGCUCGAGACUCUGUUCCGCGGCCACUUCGAGCUGGGGGAGGACAUCUCGGACCGCCACUUCCUGCUCGCGGCCGCGACGUCCCACGCUGUGGGCCUCGAUAGGGACGACGCGCGGGCCGCCCUGGACGACGAUCGCACCGGCAAGGCGGUCGACGAGGAUGUGCUGGAAGCGAAGCGGGCUGGCAUCACCGGCGUGCCGACAUUCACGGUCCAAGGAAGGUGGAGGGUCGGCGGGAACCAGGAGCCGGACGUGUUUUUGAGGGUGUUCGAGAAGGUUGACGAGGCAUAG